GACAUCAGCUGUUAUUUAAUAGACAAUAACGGCUUCAUUAUCAUUGCUGAGGAUUCGUCUUUGACAGGUGUGUUCUUUGGGGAAGCCGAGGGUGCUGUGAUGAACAAACUCAUUUCAAUGGGAUCGUUUACGAGGGUGAAUAUGUACGACUAUCAGGCCACCUGUAGAGUUUACAGUGAGAUCAGUGACACAGCACACAUGCUCUUACACCCGUUCUUCGCUGUCAUCACAUCCGUGCGGAAGCUGCUGGCAGAGUUUGUCAUACUUCUCAUUGAAUUCAACCUGUACAGCUGGUGGUGUUCUGACCUCACCGCUGAAGCUCAUAGAGGAGUCCGAAGUAUGCUGGUUCCCUGUGAUAUGGAAUAUCCAGCAUUCGUGUCCGAGCGCACCAUUAAAGAAACUGUGGGGAACAUUGAGUGUGAAGGCUGUGUUAGAUCAUUUGUUAUCCAGCAGAUUCCCAGCAGUAAUCUUUUCAUGGUGGUCAUAGAUAAUGAAUGUGACUGCAGUGAGUUUGGACCCGUCACCCUGGACCCCAUUGAGAUCAUGUAUAAUGAGUCUCUGAAGUGUGAACGACUGAUGUUUCAAAAAGACAGAAGGCGACCGGACACGUGCCACCCCUUCCAUCAUGAGGAGAACUCGAUGGAAUGUGGAGGUUCUCUGGCCGUGACUCCAUCACUCACAGCAACAGUUGUUGUCCUGAUACUCUCCAUCUUCUCCAGGUGACAGAAGCAUCUCUGCUCCCAUCUGUGUGACUGACUGCAGCUUGCAAAAAGUGAUUUGUAAAUAUUUUUCUGCGACUACUCAGAAUCACCCGGUGAAUGACAGAAGUACAGUAUUUGUUUUUCUUCUGUUAGUUAUGUUAAGAUUUCAUAAAGCGUGUGUGUGUUAUGAUAUGAUAUUCUUUUAAUAAUAAAUAUUGAAUUAUUUUGCAACAAUGGAAUAGUGAGUGGAUGAUGUACUAAGACAACUUUGCCUUAUAAGUACAGAUGUCAGUCAAGUUUGUGUACUUUUUAAAUAAAGUUGCUUUUAUAAAUACAAAGAGAGCAAAUGAAUUUAGAAGAAGGUUAAAUGUGAUCUGAAUUAUGUAUUUUUCUACACGUGUUUGUGUAUCUGUGUUGUUAGUGUGAAGGCAAUGAAGCUCUUUCAUUGAAAGAAAUGUUGCUCCAGGACCAUCAAUAUGUGUGUGUUUCUCUGUAUAUUUGCUCUUAUGUUUUUGAUGGCGUAUCUAUAAGUUUAGGGGGAAUUUUCAUAUCAUUAUUCCAGCUGCACAUGAUAAAGAGAUUGCACAUGUCCGUCCAUUAGGCCACAUUUCGCAAUGUUACACCUGACUGAGAUUUUUAUUCAUCCAGAUAGAGGUGGACAGCAUGAGCAAAAUCUUAUUCAACAAUAAUAUUUCAAAUGAAUAAAAAUACUGGCAUCAGUGCAACAAAAGCAAAUUAAGAAAAUACUUCAACAGAAAUAUGUUAUAAAUACAUUCAGCCACUUCUUCUAUGUGUAGCUAUAGUCAAAUAGCUGUAUACACACUUUCACAGAAUUAUAUUUGAAUAUAGACAACCUGAAAUGUGUACACUGGAUACGAGUGGUGCACAGCAAUGCCAAAAAUUAAAUAUCUUCUAUUAUAACUAACAAAACACCGGCAGAUCUUCACACGCAGACUAUGCUGUAGUUAUGAAAUUAGUGGAACUGCACAGAAACGUGAAAAAAAACUGUUUAUGAACACUAAAUAUCACUAGAAUGCAACAAAAGAUGAUUUUCUUUGGUUUUCUUUCUCUGGAUCAGUUGUGUUUUUAUAUUCUAUAAAGCGAGAGUGGCAGGAAAAUAAUGAAACCUCACAAACUGUCUCACGGUAUGUCUGCAUGUCAUUUGUUUUGUCUGGUGUCUUGUAAUGGACAAAUAUGUUUUGGAAUAAAGUGAAGGAACAAGUUAAA